CACUCUCACCAGGAGGAGGAGAUGCCAGACAUUGCCCUUAACACGUUCGCGUAAUAACUGUCGCGCGAGAAACAAAGGCUUGACUGCUGUGAAGUCAACAGUCGCGCGCUCCAUCCUUAAGCCAUGUGAGAGAUUUGUUGCUGCUAAAGAACGCAAGAACACAUUGACCGUCGGGUUGAGCGCCGCUCCCCGGGAAACAGAGAACACACGUCCCCGCCAAGAGCUGUAUUUGCAACCCGAGAGAAUAACCGAAUUAGUGCCCAUCAGUUGAUAGUAGUAGCCCAGUCAUAUUGAUCGCCUGUGUCGUUUACGCCUCUGAGCGGGGGUUUGUUUUUUUUCUGAGCGGACGCGAGAGAAACAUUCGCUAUCAUAAGGUAACGGUCUGACCACUGAGAUGUCGGAAGCUUUGUCACAGCAAGAGAGACUUCGGGCCAUUGCUGAGAAGCGAAAGAGGGAGGCUGAGAUUGAGAACAAAAGAAGACAACUUGAGGAUGAACGCAGACAACUCCAGCAUCUCAAGUCAAAGGCAUUGAGAGAGCGAUGGCUGUUGGACGGAGCGCCAUCCAGUGGAGAGGACGAGGCACAGAAACAACUACAAGAGGAUGAAGAAAAGACCAAACUACUGGAGCAGACCAUCCUAAGACUAGAACAGGAGAUUGAUCAGCUUGAGAGUGGAGUGCCUUUGAAUAAAGGAGAAAAUGAACCUGAUGGUCCAGUGAAGGUAGUUGAGAAUGGCAUUCAGCAGCCCAGCCCUAACGCAGAUCAAAAUAGCAAGAAACAGAUCACAGGCAUUGAGGCCAAACUGCAGUGCACCAACCCUGAUGUAGCCAUUGAGAAUGCCAGCGCGGAGCAUCCCGUCACCAUGGUGUUCAUGGGCUACAAGAAUGUAGAGGAUGAGGCUGAGACCAAGAAGGCACUGGGCAUAGAGGAGACUGUGAAAGCUGAAUUUGUGGUCAUUGAGGAUGGCGAGAGCAAAGCUGGAAAUGACGGGGCCAAAGAGGACCAGGCCCCACCUAACGGCAAGGCCUCCAGUCCCGAGAAAGCUCAGGAUGAAGCCAAGAAGGAGGAAUCGAAAGAAGAAGUCAAUUCAAAAGAAAAGCAGCCGUGCAAAUGCUGCACAGUCAUGUGAGGGCGACCGCUCGCCCUGAAACUGACCCCCUGACCAUAACACAACAAUGAAUGAGUAUACCCCGUAUACUAAGAAUUAACUUUUGUUGUCUAGUAUGUAUUUCUUUUUUUAUUUCUAUUAAUAUUUUUCUAUAUUUCUGUCUUGACAUUUAUAUAUCUAUAUAUACAUAUAUUUUCAUUAUGUAAUCUCGUUGAAGAACAGAAAAAUGAGGACCACAACAGAUUCCACUUUAGACAACAACGCGGUUAAAAGAACUUUUUUGUGGCCCUCGUCCUUAUUUUGUUUUAAGUAAAAUAAGAUGAACAUCUCGAUAUAUAUGAACUAGUUGUUUAUCUCCCAUAUACAUUUGUGUUUCUAAGAUAUUACUUUAUAACUGAGAAGAAAUGCCUAUAUUGAUAUUACAAAGUUAUGCUUUUAAUAUAUAUUUUCAGCAUUUUGUUUUGUUUAUUUUUUGUUGCCAAAUCAUCUCAGACCACUGUGAACACUGGUACAUGGAGUGUCGUCUUUGUCCACGAUCACACAUUCUGCAUUACAUCUCAUAGUAGGCCAAUAUGUUUGUAAAUAUGAUGCAAUUAUUUAUGACUGUUCAUGCUAGAAUAGAAUAAAUGUAAUCAUGUUUUUUUUUUAAUUAAAAUAGGCUGCUGUAAUUACCCCAGAUCCCAAUAAUAACCACAGCAGAUAUCUGUUUAACAAGUACAUCACUUUUUACAAGAUAACCCAUUUUAAACCCUUUUGAA